UCGAAAAUUGUUUAUAUUUGGUUUAUAUAUUUUACUUGUAAACACAAUGAAUCGCCCCGAAUUGGACUACUAUGCUGUGCUAGACAUGCCACGCACUGCCACCAAGGAGCAACUCUCGCUAGCCUAUCGUCGGCUCGCAGUGCGUCUCUGUCCGCAUCGGGAUCGGAGAUAUGAGCAGGACUUUGUGCCACUCGCCCAGGAGGGCAAACUGACGCAUUUGUCGCCCAUGGGUGAGGCGAAACAGUGGGCGUACAUAAAUAUGGCAUUCGAUGUGCUGGGCAAUGAACUCUACCGCGCCAUCUACGAUCGCUACGGGGAGGCGGGACUCUUUGAGGGUGUCAUACUGCCAAAUGGUUACUUUCCGCCCUAUCAAUAUCAUGGCGAUCACAUGAGGGUCUACGAGCAAGUCUUCUCCAGCUACUCGCCGUAUGCGAAUGUCAUUGAUGCCGUCACCAAUCCGCCCAGUUUGUAUGCGACCAGGGAGCAUGGGAUUGGUGUGCGCCACAAAGAUGCCAGCACGGAGCGCAUUAUUCACUUGUCGCUGGAGGAGGUACGCACGGGUUGUGUGAAGCUGAUGCAUGUCUGGCGUCAGGAGAUUGUCGAUGCGAAGGAGUCGCGCCUAGAGAAGCGCAAGCACACACUCAAGCUGAUCAUACAGCCAGGAACCACGGCCGGCACACGCUAUUGCUUCAAGGAGGAGGGAGAUCGUUAUCCCACCACCAUUCCGGGUGACAUAAUUUUCAUUGUCGCCGACAAGCCGCAUCCUCAGUUCGAGCGACGCAAUAUGCACGAUUUGGUCUAUCGUUAUAAUAUCAGCAUCUGUCAGGCUUUGACCGGUUUCAUCUUCUAUGUGCACACCUUAGACAAGCGUCAGCUGAAGAUUGUCAUUACGGAUGUGGUGCAGCCGGGCUACCAAAAGAUUUUGCCCCUCGAAGGAUUGCCCAAGUGCCGCAAUUUAGAUGCAGUGGCUGCCCUCAAGCCAGCCAAAAAGAAAUUCGAUGAGUUUGGCGAUCUAAUUAUUGAGUUUAAUUAUAUAUUCCCGAAGUACCUAACCCCAGGCAUGAAAGCCAUGACACGUGAAUUCUUCGGCGAAUUCCGCAAGUCGGAGCUGGAAUUGGAGCGGGAGGAGAAGAAACAAAUGCAGUAAAUGGCUGUAACUUAUAUAAUUAACAGUGCAAAUAAAAAUUGAAUGUUGAAUGUUGUACCUUAACAUUCGUUAAUAGCA